ACCCUCAUGAGCACCGCCUCCGCCGACGGCGGCGACGCCGGGGAUGGCGCCUCCUCUGCCGGGGCCGCGCCCGCCGGCAGGCGGAUCCCGCCGGCCUCCUCCAUGCCCUGGGUCCGCAACCUCCGCCGCUUCGUCGGUACGGGCGCCGGCCUCGGAUCCGAGGCCCUCAUGGAAUUGGAAACGAAGAGGAUAUUGCUUGAGAUUUUUAAGGAGCGGCAACGAAAGAGUGCUGAAGCUGGUUCCAUCCCAAGUUUCUACAAGAAGAAACCUGAAGAUGGAUCUAUUAGCAAUAGAGUUCAGAGGCUGGCAAAAUACAGGUUUCUAAAGAAACAAUCAGAGCUUCUACUUAACGCCGAUGAUCUUGAUGCUAUGUGGGUUUGUCUCAGGGAAAAUUGUGUUAUUGACGAUGUGACUGGCUCUGAGAAGAUGAACUAUGAAGAUUUCUGCCAUAUUGCUACAGUGUGCACAGAGCAGAUUGGUCAGAAAUGCAAACGUUUCUUUAGCCCUUCAAACUUUAUGAAGUUCGAGAAGGAUGAUUCUGGGAGAAUUGCAAUCUUACCAUUCUAUCUUUAUGUUAUGCGAACAGUUUCUCUUACUCAAGCAAGAAUUGAUAUGAGUGAACUUGAUGAGGAUUCUGAUGGUUUCCUUCAACCUCAUGAAAUGGAAGCAUACAUCAGAGGGCUCAUUCCCAAUUUGGCACAAUUGCGCGACAUGCCAUCGGCGUUUGUUCAAAUGUACUGCCGCAUAGCUGCACGGAAGUUUUUUUUCUUCUGUGAUCCACACAGACGGGGGAAAGCAUGUAUAAAGAAAGUAUUGUUGAGCAAUUGUCUUCAAGAACUGAUGGAAUUGCAUCAGGAGAGCGAGGAAGAAGUAACUGAUACUGAGCAGGCUGAAAAUUGGUUUUCCUUGACUUCAGCUCAGCGCAUAUGUGAUAUGUUUCUUGCACUAGAUAAAGAUACAAAUGGCACGUUGAGCAAACAAGAGCUUAAGGAAUAUGCUGAUGGCACACUAACAGAAAUCUUCAUCGAAAGAGUUUUUGACGAACAUGUACGCCGGAGCAAAGUUGGAGGUGGCAACAGUCGUGAGAUGGAUUUUGAAAGCUUUCUCGAUUUUGUUUUGGCUCUAGAAAACAAAGAUACCCCUGAAGGGUUGACAUACUUAUUUAGAUGCCUUGAUCUUAAUGGAAGGGGAUUCCUGACGACUGCUGAUAUCCAUACUCUGUUCAGAGAUGUACACCAGAAAUGGAUCGAGGGUGGGAACUACGAGCUUUGCAUCGAAGACGUAAGGGAUGAAAUCUGGGACAUGGUGAAACCAGCUGAUCCUCUGAGGAUUGCACUCACGGACCUCCUUUCGUGCAAGCAAGGUGGGACCAUCGCCAGCAUGCUUAUAGACGUCCGCGGCUUCUGGGCCCAUGACAACAGAGAGAACCUCCUCCAGGAAGAGGAAGAGCAAGUGGAAGAGGCUUGAGUAGCGCAGCUACUAUACUUCGCGGUGUAAAAGUCUCGAGACGGCGGUGUCAAAGUCUUGAGAGAGGGCAGCCGCAUGUGCGCGCUGUUCGUUAUUGUAGCUUACGUAGUUGUAUUAGACCUGUUGUAACUUGUAAGAGUGCUAUCUCUGUAAGUUGGUUUAGAUCUGAGGAUCACGAGGUUCCAAGUGUGGCGAGGUGUGAUGGUGCCGGCUAACCGUGUAUCUGAUAUUCUGAGCGAGUAUUAGCCUGUGAUGUAUUUACUUAAUCAGACUCACAAAUUAUACAAUGCAUGUAUUUCUGA